AUGGAUUCUUCCAAGGAUUCGCAAAUUUUCGACUCUUCGUUUCUCCAGAAACAAACGCAUGUCCCCAAAGGCUUCAUUUGGCCGGACGAAGACUUGCCGUCCAACGGCACAAAAGGUGUUCUCAACGAGCCGCUGGUGGAUCUCGAGGGCUUCCUCAACGGCGACGAGGUGGCGACGGUUCGAGCCGCCGAUCUCAUCCGAGAGGCUUGCACGAGCCAUGGUUUCUUCCAAGUGAUCAACCAUGGAAUUGAUUCGAGUCUCAUCAACCUCGCUCAUGAACAUCUCGAAUCUUUCUUUAAGCUUCCGGCAAGCGAGAAGAUCAAUAGGGCUCCCAAGCGUCCCGGUUGCUUGGCCGGCUACUCCGCCGGUCACUCCGAACGCUUCGCCACGAAACUGCCGUGGAAGGAGACGCUGACGUUCUUCCAUGAAAGCGGGUCGGUUCCUGUUGUGAAAGACUACUUCACCAACAAUUUAGGGAAGGAUUUUGAGCAAGAAGGGAUAGUGUAUCAAAGGUACUCUGAAACAAUGAUGUGGCUUUGUCUGAAGCUAAUGGAACUACUGGCGAUAAGCUUGGGCGUUGAUCGAACGCAUUACAAGAAAUUCUUUGAAGAUGCUCACUCCAUCGUGAGGAUGAACCAUUACCCGUCUUGCGCGCAGCCCGACCUCACUCUCGGAGUCGGGGCCCACUGCGAUCCGACCUCCAUAACUAUUCUUCACCAAGACCAGGUCGGAGGUCUUGAAGUUUUCCACAACAACAAGUGGAACUCAGUUCGACCUGUUCAAGAUGCAUUUGUCAUCAACAUUGGUGAUACCAUUGUGGCACUAUCGAAUGGGAUAUACAAGAGUUGUCUGCACAGAGUAGUGGUGAACAGGGACGAAAAUAGGAAAUCGAUGGUGUUUUUUCUGUGCCCGAAAGAAGACAAAGUGGUGAGGCCUCCGCACGAACUUGUGUUGGACCAAGGAACAAGACAGUACCCUGACUUCACAUGGUCCGAAUUGCUUCUCUUCACUAGCAAAUAUUACAGAGCUGACCCUUCUACCCUCCAAAAGUUCAUCAUCUGGAAGAAGCAAUCUUCCGAACCAGCUAUUUCCCAUUAUUAA